UUGGGAGAAGACAGGCGGAGACGGCGAGGGGAAGAUGGUGGCUUUCGGAGCGCUUUUGGGCUGGCUGCUGCUCGGUGGGACGGUCAUGGCGGCGGAUUCUGUGGAGGAAGCAGAGCUCAACGAAACCGUCGUCUGCACCAACGACCACAUGGAAGUCGUCAUUCCGGCCGCGUUUUUCCUCAACAAAGUUCCUCCGGUCUACGUUUGGGAUCUGCAUCUGAACGAUCCGGAGUGCCGCGGCGUGCAGGUGGGAGACGACUACGUCUUCAGCGUACGGACCAACCUGUCCGACUGCGGGACCAUCACGGUGUCGGAUGACUCUCACAUCAUGUUCAUGAACACCAUCCACAACAACUACUCUGACAUCAUCACGCGCAGCUACAUCAACAUCACCUUCGUGUGCCGCUACCCCCUCAGCUACAUGGUCCAGCAGCCCGGCGGUCAGAACCUGAUCCGAGUGGACGUCAGGAGCAUCACUCUGAGCACGGAGGACGGGAACUUCUCCGUGUCCAUGCUGCUGUUCAAGGACGAGGCCUUCCAGGACCGCUGGACCACGGUGCCGGCGCUGGCUCUGGACCAGGACAUCUUUGUCAGAGUCUUCUUGCUCCCAGCUCACCUGCUGCUGCGCAUACAGAGCUGCUGGGCCACCCCAGACCGUGAUCCGUUCAGCAACAUCCGCUACACCUUCAUCAGAGACAGCUGUCCGUUGCUGGAGGACCUGCAGACUCUGAGGGUCCUGAAGAACGGCGACGGCGCAGACGCCGCGUUCCGCAUGCAGAUGUUUAAAUUUGUGGGCGGCUCCUACACCGACGUCUUCCUCCACUGCAACGUGCAGAUCUGCCACGGCGGCCCGGGGGCGUGCCGGCCUAACUGCUCCUCUGAAGACGGGUUUCUGAGAACCAGGAGGGACCUGCCGCUGUCCCACACGCUGACCUAUGGACCAAUCAGGCGGCUGCGCUCCGAAACGCCCGACCUGGAUGCCGCCGGAGUUCCUCCCGUGGAGACCUUGGUCCUCGGGGGGCUGCUGGGGGUCCUGCUGCUGGUCACCGCGGCGCUGGGGCGGCUCUGGCUGCGCUCGCGGCGUUUUUACCCCACCCUGGAGGCGCAGCUCACCCUGUCCAACAUUCACCACCUCCAUGAGGGGGCCUCCUGAGCCGUACAUGGGGGGCGAUAAUAAACGUCUGGAAGCUUC